UGAUGGAACCAACGUAUUACGGCCAGGAAACGGAAAAUACUCGACAACGAUCGAACAGUAAUGCUGGAGGAAGCCCCGAUGAACAGAAUCCACAAUUUGGAAUGCAAGCGCAAUUGGGAAAGAUGAUGUGGGAAGCUGGAUCAAAACAGGUUCAAGACACAUUUCAAUCUUAUGGUCGUAUCGAUUUGUUUCGCCCUUAUUUCGAUGUCGAUCCAGCAGAGGUCCGAACUCGUCUUAUUCGGUCAUUUAUCCCACGAAAACCAUCGCAAAUACAAGUUUCACCGGAUUUAUAUGGCCCGACUAUGCUCGUACUCACCAUGGUGGCGCUAUUGCUGUAUAACAUGAAAACCAGCGGAAUUGUAAUUCAAAAUGGAACGUUAAUGGGUACGGCAAUGUUCACAUGCUUUGGUAGCUGGAUGCUCAUUUCUGGAGCACUUUGGAUUGCGUGCUUUUUGUUAGCUGCUGAGCAACCAUUUUUAACGAUAUUGUCGAGCUUUGGCUAUUCUCUAACUUCACAAUGCCUCGUACUUCUGUUAACCUCGCUUUUUCACUCAUCUCAUGAUCAUUUAUUCUUCUUCGUGCUCCUCGCCAGUUUCUGUGUACCUUCAGCGUUAAGAAUGGGCCUAAUAGUGUGCAAUCAGUCUCGUCUUCCCGCGAAUCGACUUUUACUUAUUGGAAUCGCAAUUGCAGCUCACUUAUUGCUGAUCAUCUAUCUCCAUUUCGGUUUCCACGUAGUAUUAGAAGAACUCGACGAAAUGGUUGGAGAUGCCAUCGUGGAUGUGAAUGCUAUCAAAGAAACACUUCCAGUCGCAUAAUUAUAGUUAUUUUUUUAUUUUUAGCCAACGAGAUGUAUACAAAUUGUGAUGAUUUUCGCUCAUUUAACACGGGAUAUUUAAUGAUUUUAUAUUUCUUGAUUCUAUGGUUGUAUUAUUUAUUGUUUUUUAGUCCUUAUUUAUUAAAAUCUUCUCCGAACAUG